AUUUGUAUUUUGUGUUUGUGAAGUGUGUUGUUUACAACUGCAUGUUUCUCAUUUUACGAAAUUUUUAGGAUUUGCAUAGUAAUUUAUGAUAUAAUAAGAAAUAAAAUUAAAUUACCAUGGCGGAUGCUGCGGCUCGACAGCUUCAAUAUGAAUAUAAAGCUAAUUCAAAUCUUGUACUUCAAGCCGAUGUUAGGCUUAUUGAACGUAGAAGUAGAGAUGAGGCUACUGGAGAGGUUAUGUCCCUUGUUGGUAAGCUUAUUGGCACUAAAAUGGGAGACAGAGCCCAAAGAACUAGACCUGGAAAAGCAGAAGAACGUAAAGUCAAACGUCAAAAAAGAGAUGAAGCUCAAUAUGAUUUUGCAAGAAUGAAAGGUGCCACUUUACUAUCAGAAGGAGUUGAUGAGAUGGUGGGUAUUAUAUAUCGACCAAAAACUCAAGAGACUCGGCAGACAUAUGAAGUACUACUAAGUUUUUUACAAGAAGCUCUUGGAGAUCAACCUAGAGAUAUUCUUUGUGGUGCUGCUGAUGAAGUACUUCAAGUAUUAAAAAAUGACAGACUGAAGGAACGAGAGAAGAAAAAAGAAACUGAAACAUUGUUAGGUUCCAUAGCAGAUGAAAGAUUUGCCUUAUUAGUUAACUUAGGUAAAAAAAUUACUGAUUUUGGAAAUGAAGAUAACAAAGAUGGUGCAGGUGAAGAAAAUAUUGAUGAAACAUAUGGUAUUAAUGUACAAUUUGAAGAGUCAGAAGAAGAGGAUGACGAAGAUAUGUAUGGAGAAGUUAGAGAAGAGAUGGAUGAAGAAGAGGGAGAAGAAGCAAAAGAAGAUGGUGCAAUCCAUGCAGAAAAUCUGGGUGGUGCAGAUGAAUCUAAAAAAGAAAAAGCCCUGCAUCCUUUGGACAUUGAUGCUUAUUGGUUGCAAAGAAAACUCUCCAAAAUAUAUGACGAUGCCAUGGUGUCACAAGCUAAGGCAGGAGAGGUGUUGAAUGUUCUUCGAGAUGCCAGUGAUGAUAGAGAAUGUGAAAAUCAAUUGGUCCUUUUGUUGGGAUAUGAUUGCUUUGAUUUCAUCAAACAAUUGAAGAAGCAUAGGCAGAUGAUUUUAUAUUGCACACUACUGGCAAAAUCCCAAAGUGAAACAGAACGUCAAAAAAUCAAAGACAAAAUGUCCGACGAUUCGGGCCUAAACCGGAUUUUGAAGCUUCUCGAAACCGGAAGAGGUGACGACGACGAUGACGAAAACAGUGAAUCGGCAUCGAGACAUCGUCGCGGCAAGCACGAAAGCGACAUCAUGGACCUGGCGAGUUCGCAGGUCUCAGGCUCCAGACAUGUGGUCGAUUUUGAAGAUUUGGUAUUCUCACAAGGUUCACAUUUUAUGGCCAACAAAAGGUGUCAGUUGCCAGACGGUUCGUUUAGAAAACAAAGAAAAGGCUACGAGGAAGUUCAUGUUCCCGCGCUAAAACCCAAACCUUUUGGAGAAAAUGAGAAAUUAGUACCGAUUGAGCAGCUGCCCAAAUACAUACAACCCGUUUUUGAAGGAUUCAAAACGCUAAAUCGGAUUCAAAGUCGUUUAUACAAAUCCGCUUUAGAAUCAGAUGAAAAUUUGUUGCUUUGCGCACCCACUGGUGCCGGUAAAACGAACGUCGCCCUCCUUUGUAUGAUGAGAGAAAUUGGAAAGCACAUAAAUACAGACGGAACAAUAAACGCGGACGAUUUUAAAAUUAUUUACGUGGCUCCCAUGAGAUCUUUGGUACAAGAAAUGGUGGGUAAUUUCGGUAAAAGAUUGGCUAAUUAUAACAUUACAGUCUCCGAACUCACUGGAGAUCACCAACUGACCAGAGAACAGAUUCAAGCUACUCAAAUCAUAGUUUGCACUCCGGAAAAGUGGGACAUCAUAACUAGGAAGGGAGGCGAGAAAACGUUUACUUCAUUAGUUCGACUCAUAAUCAUUGAUGAAAUUCAUUUGCUUCACGAUGAACGUGGUCCAGUUCUGGAAGCUCUAGUGGCCAGAACGAUUCGUAUGAUCGAAUCGACUCAAGAAGAUGUAAGGCUAGUAGGACUGUCUGCCACGUUACCAAAUUACCAUGACGUCGCGGCGUUCCUAAGAGUCAAACACGAUUCCGGUUUAUUCCAUUUCGAUAACAGCUUUAGACCCGUAGCUUUGGAGCAACAGUACAUAGGAGUUACAGAGAAAAAGGCGCUUAAACGUUUCCAAGUCAUGAACGAAAUUGUGUACGAGAAAACCAUGGAACACGCCGGUAGAAAUCAAGUUUUGAUAUUUGUUCAUUCCAGAAAGGAAACUGGAAAAACCGCUAGAGCUAUCAGAGAUAUGUGUUUGGAAAAAGAUACUUUGGGGCAGUUUUUGAGAGAAGGGUCAGCUUCUAUGGAGGUACUGAGGACCGAAGCUGAACAAGUUAAGAAUCAAGAGUUGAAAGAUCUGUUACCUUAUGGGUUUGCCAUACAUCAUGCUGGUAUGACUCGAGUGGAUAGGACAUUGGUUGAAGAUCUGUUUGCUGAUAGACACAUACAAGUUCUUGUGUCAACAGCCACAUUGGCUUGGGGUGUAAACUUACCAGCACACACCGUUAUAAUAAAGGGUACCCAAAUAUACAAUCCAGAAAAAGGAAGGUGGGUCGAAUUAGGUGCUCUUGACGUCCUCCAAAUGUUGGGAAGAGCUGGUAGGCCCCAAUAUGACACAAAAGGUGAGGGCAUCCUAAUAACCAACCAUAGCGAACUUCAGUAUUACCUGUCCCUCUUAAACCAACAACUACCAAUUGAAUCCCAAAUGGUAACAAAAUUACCAGACAUGCUUAAUGCUGAAAUUGUUUUGGGUACGAUUCAGAACAUGCGAGAUGCUGUCACUUGGUUGGGAUACACUUACCUUUACAUAAGAAUGUUAAGGCAGCCCACUCUCUAUAGCAUUUCUCACGAUCACAUGAAGCAUGACCAACUUUUAGAACAACACAGGGCCGAUUUGAUCCACACGGCGGCCAUGCUUUUAGAUAAAAGCGGAUUGAUAAAGUACGACAGAAAAACAGGACAGUUCCAAGUCACCGAAAUAGGAAGAAUAGCUUCUCACUAUUACUGUACCCACGAUACCAUGCAAACUUACAAUCAGUUACUAAAACCCAUGUUAAGUGAAAUAGAGUUAUUUAGGGUGUUUUCUCUAUCUGGCGAAUUUAGAAAUAUCACUGUUAGAGAAGAGGAGAAAUUGGAACUGCAGAAACUAAUGGAAAGAGUUCCUAUUCCCAUAAAAGAAAGUAUUGAGGAACCGAGUGCUAAGGUUAACAUACUCUUGCAAGCUUAUAUAUCGCAACUGAAAUUGGAAGGUUUCGCUCUUAUGUCCGAUAUGGUUUACGUCACUCAAUCCGCAUGUAGGCUUAUGAGAGCCAUUUUUGAAAUAGUUUUGCAUAGAGGUUGGGCUCAGUUAGCGGAUAAAUCGCUGGCUUUGUGUAAGAUGGUUGACAAACGAAUGUGGCAAUCGAUGUCACCUUUGAGGCAGUUUAGGAAAAUGCCUGAAGAAAUCGUCAAAAAGAUCGAGAAGAAAAAUUUUCCAUGGGAAAGAUUGUAUGACUUGGGUCCGAAUGAAAUUGGAGAACUUGUUCGAGUGCCUAAACUCGGCAAAACCAUUCACAAAUACGUUCACCAAUUUCCAAAACUCGAAUUGUCCACUCACAUCCAACCCAUAACGAGAUCAAUGUUAAAAGUGGAACUGACCAUCACCCCCGAUUUCCAAUGGGAAGAAAAAUUACACGGCGCCUCUGAAGCUUUUUGGAUCCUGGUAGAAGACGUCGAUUCCGAAGUCAUCCUCCACCAUGAAUAUUUCUUGCUCAAGGCGAAGUACUGUCAAGACGAGCACUCCGUCAAAUUCUUUGUACCCAUUUUUGAACCGCUGCCACCCCAGUAUUUCUUGAGGAUUGUGUCCGAUAGGUGGAUAGGAGCUGAAACGCAGCUACCGGUAUCUUUUAGACAUUUAAUUUUGCCGGAGAAGAAUUUCCCGCCAACAGAAUUGCUGGAUUUACAGCCGUUGCCUAUCACGGCGCUAAGAAACGAGCAAUUCGAAGGAUUGUAUUCCGAUAAAUUUCCACAGUUCAAUCCCAUUCAAACACAGGUAUUCAAUUCGGUUUACAAUGGCGACGACAAUAUCUUCAUUGGGGCACCGACAGGCUCCGGUAAGACAACAAUAGCAGAGUUUGCAAUUCUCAGACUGUUUGACAGAAAUGCUGAGGGCAGAUGCGUAUACCUCGUUCCAAAAGAUGCUUUAGCAGAGUUAAUUUUCGCUGAUUGGCAUAAUAAGUUCGGCCAACAUUUGGGUAAAAAGGUUGUAUUACUGACAGGGGAGACCGGAACUGACCUAAAACUGCUGGCUAAAGGACAGGUUGUAAUAACUACUGCCGAAAAAUGGGAUGUGCUGUCAAGAAGAUGGAAGCAGAGGAAGAAUGUACAGAAUAUCAAUUUGUUUAUUGUAGAUGAGUUACAUCUUAUUGGAGGAGAAGAUGGACCUAUUAUUGAAGUAGUAUGUUCUAGAAUGAGGUACAUAUCGUCGCAAAUAGAAAAACCCAUCAGAAUCAUAGCCCUAAGUGGUUCACUCGCUGAUUAUAGGGACGUAGCGCAGUGGUUGGGUUGCAAUGCAAAUGCAACGUUUAAUUUCCACCCUAGCGUGCGUCCGGUUACUCUAGAACUCCACGUGCAGGGUAUAAACAUCACCCACAAUGCCUCCAGAUUGAUUGCUAUGGCUAAGCCUGUCUACAACGCAAUCUUGCGGCACAGUCCGCAUAAGCCUGCGAUUGUUUUUGUACCUACAAGGAAGCAGGCUAGAUUGACUGCUAUCGAUUUGUUGACUUACGCUGCAGCCGAAGGACAUCCUGAUAAGUUUUUCCAUGCCGAAGAGGAGGAUAUUAAACCGUUUUUAGAUAGAAUGACAGAUAAGACAUUAAAAGAAACCUUAUCACAAGGUGUGGCUUACAUGCACGAAGGUCUUACCGCUAGUGACCUCCGUCUUGUAGAACAACUGUUCGAUUCUGGAGCCGUUCAAGUUGCCGUAGUUACAAGAGACUUAUGUUGGGCUGUCAAUAUAUUCAGUCAUUUGGUCAUUAUUAUGGAUACUCAGUUCUAUAAUGGUAAAAUACAUGCUUACGAAGAUUAUCCCAUUACUGACGUACUCCAGAUGGUGGGCAGAGCUAACAGACCACUGGAAGAUGAUGAUGCAAAAUGUGUGCUAAUGUGUCAAAGCUCGAAGAAGGAUUUCUUUAAGAAGUUUUUGAGCGAUCCGUUACCUGUUGAGAGCCAUUUGGACCAUAGACUACAUGACCAUUUCAAUGCGGAAAUAGUUACGAAAACCAUUGAAAAUAAGCAAGAUGCUGUCGACUACUUGACUUGGACUUUCGUUUAUCGUCGUUUGACACAGAACCCGAACUAUUAUAAUCUACAGGGCGUUACUCAUCGGCAUUUAUCCGAUCAUUUGUCGGAGUUGGUCGAGAAUACCCUUUCCGAUUUGGAACAAUCUAAGUGUAUUAGUAUAGAGGACGAUAUUGAUUGUGUACCAUUGAAUUUGGGAAUGAUUGCUGCAUAUUAUUACAUCAAUUAUACAACAAUUGAAUUAUUCAGUUUGUCAUUGAACAGUAAAACAAAAAUACGGGGUCUUUUGGAAAUUAUUUCUUCUGCAGCAGAAUAUGAAGAUGUACUGGUACGACAUCGAGAAGAUAAUAUUCUAAGACAAUUGGCUCAGAAACUACCAAACAAACUUACCUCCGCUUCCGGCGGUCAACCUAAAUACAAUGACCCUCACGUCAAAACCAACCUCCUUUUACAGGCUCAUUUGUGUAGGUUACAACUCGGAGCAGAACUGCAGGGUGACACCGAAACAGUCUUGUCUAAAGCGAUCAGAUUGAUUCAAGCUUGCGUCGAUGUGUUAAGUUCAAACGGUUGGCUUUCUCCUGCCGUCGCUGCUAUGGAAUUGGCUCAGAUGGUGACGCAAGCUAUGUGGAGUAAGGAUUCCUAUCUCAAGCAGUUGCCCCAUUUCGAUAAUGAGGUUAUAAAAAGAUGCACUGAUAAAGGCGUGGAAACAGUAUUCGACAUAAUGGAAUUGGAAGAUGAAGAUAGAAGUAAACUGCUUCAAAUGAAAGAGACCCAAAUGGCGGACGUGGCCAAGUUUUGUAAUCGUUAUCCCAACAUAGAGUUGAGUUAUGAAGUUAUUGAUAAGGAUCAAAUACAUUCAGGAUCUUCGGUACAUGUGGCGGUUCAGCUAGAGAGAGAAGACGAAGUUAGUGGACCGGUUAUCGCCCCAUUUUACCCACAGAAACGAGAGGAAGGUUGGUGGGUAGUCAUCGGAGAGCCAAAAACAAAUUCCCUCCUUUCCAUUAAGAGACUGACCCUUCAGCAAAAAGCGAGAGUGAAGUUGGAUUUUGUAGCGCCCAGUCCCGGUCACCACAACUAUACUUUAUACUUCAUGAGUGACGCAUAUUUGGGUUGCGAUCAAGAGUACAAAUUCUCAAUUGAAGUCGGUGAUUUUGAGUCCAGCGGAAGCGAGUCAGAAUAAGAAUAAUUUAGCGUGUUUUUGUACAGUUAUAGUUUAGAAAGUAAAUUAUACUUUAAGAUAA